AUGAAAUUCAAAAUUUUCGCUACAUGGCUUUGUCAAAAAGGAGUUAAUUACAAUCUUUUUAUGUUAAAAGAUGAUGAAUAUGAUGAUGAUGUUAAUAUUCAAGAUCCAACAAUUACUGUUAAACAUCAAAAAUAUAAAACUCGGUUAUAUGUUAUUCUUCUUGCCGUUUGUCUUUAUAUUUUAUUUUAUAUAAAUUUAAUCAAAAUAAAGCCAACAACUGUAAUUGUAUCGGAUAUAACAUUAGAUUUAUAUAAUAAACUUUAUACUGAACAUCAUCAAACACUUUCAUGUCCAUGUUCAACAAUAACAAUACCUUAUGAAAAUAUUACUUCGAACGAUGUGACAAUACAUCCUGUUUGUUCAAGUAUUUUCGUUGAUCAAAUAUGGAUAGAAGGAUUAUAUUUUGAAGAAGCAAGUCAAUAUGGAGUUUGGGAUUUUCGAACAACAGCAUAUUCACAAUUUGAAUUUUUAUCGAGUUUUUGUUCACUUUCAAAUGAAGUCAUUUCUCAAACUCUGACUGAUAUUGAUCAUAAUGAACUUGUUUCUCUUUAUCUUCUUUCUGAAGAACAAAUUCGAAUUGAAAUCGAUGGAAAAAUUGAAUAUCUGAAGAAUAGUGCAGCUUCUCGAAUGAUAACAUUUCUGAAUUAUUUAAGAAACACAAGUAAUACACAUUAUUUCGUUUCGGCUCUCAAUACAAACUUUAUAAUCGAAACGUCAAGUGCGUCAAAUGGAUUUUCCAUUUUUUUUGCACACGAAGUACUCAUGUCUGAUGAUGAUCCAUACGGACCGAAUUGUGAGGAUACCGUACUGAAAAUUAAUGCUACUUUUAGUUCUCAAUCCUACGAAUCAAUUGACUACAAUAACAGAUAUGUAAUGUCCCCAGUGCCUAAUUCUAGUACGGUCACUGGAUUCUUUGCAGCGUGUACUCCUGUUGAAGCAAUUCUUGAAAGUACAUUAGAUUGUCUUUACGAAAUCAAUUUCAAUCCCCAUGAUUCAGUUUUAUCUUCAGAACAUGAAAAUAUAUCAGUACAUGAAUAUUUGGAUAAUCUUUUCAUCAAAAAUUGGUCAAAACAAAUAAAUUAUACGAAAUAUUUUGAUCUAUGUUCUCCAUCAUCAUGUUCAUAUUCAGCCGUAGAACGAUCAAGCGUAGUUUAUGCAAUUACACUUUUUAUCAGUCUCUAUGGUGGUCUCAUCAUUAUACUUCGUCUGAUUGCAUCAUUUUCUAUUGAUAUGUUUAUGAAAUGGAAAUUUUGUAUGAAAAGGAGAAAUGACAAUUCAGCAGUGGAACAAAGAAUCAAUCAAUUCAAAUUUGCCCAAACAAUAAAAAGAUUAAAUUUAUUUAAGAAUAUAAAUGAUCGAACAGAACAAAGUAUUAAACAUCAGAAGAUGGUUACACGUGUCUAUUUGAUUUUAUUAUUUGGUUCAAUAUGUACUGUUUGUUUAUUUACAUCAUUAAAUAGUGAAAAUGUAACAAUAACUAUAACGAACUUAUCAAUGACAACUUAUAAUGAUUUUGAAGAUCAACAUUACAGUACACUUCGAUGUCCAUGUUCAAACAAAGCAAUAUCUUAUAAAAAUUUUCUCUCGUUAUCGCCACGUUUACAUCAAAUAUGUUCAAGUCAUUUCGUUCAUAAUCAUUGGAUUAAUAUAUUGAGAUCCCGUCGCAAACAUUUCCCUCUUAAGGAUUGGCGUAGUCAACUAUAUUUACAGGUUCAGUUUUUGUCUGAUUUUUGUCGUUUAGCUAAUAAGACGAUCGAUGAUGCCGUUAUUCGAUAUCUUUCUCAAUUGUUUAUUGUUUCUUCUGUUAUGCAUGAAACUGAAUUUAACAAACAAGUCAAUGCAAGUCUCAAUCAAUUUUAUCAAUCAACAACUUAUAAUUUUGAUGUGAUGACGGAUGUUUUACGACUCUUGAUGCAGAUAGAUCAGCUAUAUAUACAAUCAGCGAGAAUAAUUUAUGGACGAGUUAAUGAUGUUAAUUUAAUAAGCGAGGUGAUGGCAGAUGAUGGAGACUCUACUCAACUAAUCAAAGUAUGUUAUUAA